AUGGCUCCCGAACCGAUAUCACCGAAAGAGCACCAGGAAGAGCGCGCGGCCAACAUAGCGCAAGCGGAUGCGGCGCAUCGGGAAGCAUAUGACUACUGGGGUUACCUUUUCAAGGAGGACAAAUGCGGCACCGAUUUACUAGAUCGCCUGCUCAAGGGCAUCGCUGAGGUCAUUAGCAAGAAGUUCGAGCCAGGCGACUCGCCUGAUCUCACGCCGUCGCAGAUCGCAGCCUGGUACCGUAGUGUUGGGGGCGAUUACGACGUGCUAUUCACAGAUACACCGCCAUCAUCAGUCGCAUUCAUAUAUCGCUCACUAGGCGCAUACCACAGCCUGCAGCCAGGGCCACACGACGACGGCUACUCGAGCCCUACCAUACCCGCGCUCAAGAAGAACGGCUUUGUGACAUGGCAGACAAUACAACUCUUGCUGGGGCCAGAAGAGCAUGUACCUUUUCUACAGAGGGCCGUCGAGAUAGACGAUAUACCAGAUCCAGAAACUGGCAAUAUCUUUCCCAAAAUACUACCCAAGGAAUGUUUUCCCGAAAAGCCCGACGAUGCUAUGGAGACGUGGUAUCAGAGCGUUGCUGCCAGGCUCAAGAAAGAGGCAGACGAGGAAGCGAGCGGGGGCAGUGCUGCUGAUGAGCCAAAGCCACGUACUUCGACUGAUAGUGAAGGCACCUCAGCUGACGAGAAGCAUGGCGCAUACCGAUACUUUGAAGACCCACUCUACCGGAUGGGAAGACCACGGCCGACCUUCAUGCGCCAUGUCUCGAAGCAGUCUCCACGGCCGGGCGACGACCAUGGAAGAGCCGUCACAUCAAGGGUGAGGCAUAUGCUGAAUCCUCUAAAUUAUGUUGGAAGUAGAAAGAAGAGCAUUCCGGGCCGAUAUUCAGACGAAGACUACUCGGAUGAAGAUGCCACACCCAUUGCGCCUGGUCCUCAGCCAGGAGCUCGAUAUCCCUCGAACAAACGCCCACAUCCGCCACGACGCGAAUCCUCGUUAUCAGCAACAGACUCGGAUUCUGAUCCAGACCGCCCGCCUUCCCGUCGCCAUGAACCCGUACUGCGCUCUCACCGAUCUCAUGAGCCGCCCGUAUCGCAGCCGGGGUACUUUCCCGCCUACAGCGAGGCGCGCCGAUUCUCGAACCAACAUGAUGCCGUUCGAAUGGAUGGAAGAAGCUCAAGUGCGACUUCUCCUCAACCCGUUUAUCGACCAACUACAUCGCCGCUCUUUGCGACUCAGGUUGCGCAAGCUCAACGUGAAGCCGCACAGAAAUACUAUGUUUCGAGACCAGCUAUGCCACCACGCACCAGCUACAGACCGGUUCCAGCUCCUGGUGUGCGAUGGGGUCCACAGACUGUGCACCCUGUAAGCCCACCCCGAGAUGGCGAGUCACCAUAUGUCCGUGAGCGUGAACGGGAACGCGACCGCGAUAGAGAACGUCACCAUCGCGACCGGGACCCUUACGAGAUGGGUAACGGCAGAAGGGGUUCGCAUCGACGUCACUCAGAAGAUGUUGAAUAUCCACGUGAGCGUACUCGUGACUCGGCCAGGACACGCAGCCACGAUAGGGUCAAGGAUGAGUGGGAUGAUCGACAUGACAGGGACAGAGACAGAGACAGAAAAGCAGGGUACGAUGAUCGCGUAAGAGACGAUAGUCGGGAGAGGGAAAGGGCCCGAGAUCCCCGAGUGCAUAGUGUUAGGGGCCAGUUUAUGAGGCUACUCAAGGAAUUUUGA